UGAGAGCAAUUCUUUGCUUGUCCAUGCAAGGGCAGAAAAGCAGCAAGAGCAGAGUAUUUUUCAAGUGGGCAGUGCAGGCAUAUUCCUUUGCUGUCGACUACAACUCUUCUUCUCCUCUGAACCACAUCACAGUCAAGGUUUUCUUUUAAGAUAAGACACCUGAAGUGCCAUGCCUACUACUCAUCCCCCCUUAGGCUGUGGCAACAUAUCCAAUGACUACUAUUUUCUCUGUGACAUCAAUGUUUAUUGGGGGAUUAUUCUGGAAGCUCUGGCAGCAGCUGGUGUGUUUGUCACAAUCAUCCUCAUUCUGGUGCUUUUUUGCCUUAUCUCUAAAGCCCAAGACAAUGCAAAACGUAGCCUGAUCCCAAUCCAGUUCCUCUUCCUCUUAGGCACUCUAGGAAUUUUUGGGCUCACAUUUGCUUUUAUCAUCAGGCUCAAUGAGCAAACUGGUCCCACACGUUUCUUCCUUUUUGGGGUCCUCUUUGCCCUCUGCUUUUCCUGCCUUCUGGCUCAUGCCUUGGACCUCACCAAAUUGGUGAGAGGAAGACGUCCAUUUUCAGCCCUAGUGUUGCUGAUUAUGGUCCUUGGUUUUACUGUUGUACAAGUGAUUAUAGCCAUACAAUAUGUAGCAGUCAAUAUCACAGCCUUGAAGGCUCUACGCCAUGUGAUGGAUGAGGAAAGACGAAGAGACUUUAUUUUAAUUCUCAUCUAUGUAUUUUUCCUGAUGUUUCUCCUCUUCAUAGUUUCCAUGUUUGUGCUUUGUGGCUCAUACAAGAGGUGGAAGAGGCAUGGUGUCCACUUACUCCUCACAGCUUUGUUCUCCAUAGGCAUUUGGGUGGCAUGGAUUGCUAUCCUGAUGCACGGUAUCCAUGCUUUAGGUGAGCGAUCAAAAUGGAAUGAUCCUCUCCUUGGUACUGUUCUGAUAGUAAACGGCUGGCUUUUCCUGAUUCUGUAUGCAAUACCUGAACUCUGUGUCCUCACUUCUCCACGGAAGCCUGGAGACUACCCUCUGGAGAAUAAUACUUGCCAGCCAAAGGGCAUGAAAAAAACUUAUGGAAUAGAAAAUCAAGGUUAUGCUCAGGAAGACAACACACAAGAAGAAAAUACUGACUCAUAUGUCCCUUAUUCAACUCACUUUCAACUGAAGAACCUUGAGCCUCAACAGGAAUUCUCCAUUCCCCGCCCUAAAGCACGGCCCAGUCCAUACCAAGAGUAUUCCGGAGGGAAAGGUAUCAAGCAGUAGCCUCACAAUGAAGAAGGAGAAGCAAUGUUGAGUUGACUGAGGUGUUGGUAUAGCAGUGCCUCAGUUUUGCAAAAUCAGGGACACUGCUCACAUUGCCAUGGAUGAAGGAAGAUUGUUUUCGUUUUCUUCUAUAGGUCUUCUGGCUCAGCACACGUAGCACUUUAUACCUCUGAAUUCAGUAAUGAACCUCUUUUGCUUCCCUCCCCCCACACAAUUAUAACUACCCUCCAUCAAAUCUUUAUUAACUGGGCCUUCACCCUUGAUCCACAUGUGGGGAUGGGAGGCUUGAAGUGGGAUUCUUCCUCUGUGUUUAUUGGUUCCCUGUGUAAUUUUGUCUCCCUCUUCACAUGAGUUCCAAAUUGUUAUCUAUCUAUGGGGAGCUUAGACCCUGUUUCAAAUUUCUCACCAUGAUGGAUGGGGAGGCAGCAAAGCUGCCAUGGAAGGACCGUUCUUCCCAUCAAUCAGAAUAGAGCUGGAAGGGACUUUGGAGAUCUUCUAGGCCAGCCCUCUGCUCAAGCAGGAGACAUUUGAAUGAUCACAUAUGGGCUGGUUACCUUAUGAAAAUGAUAAUGUCUCUAAGAUCUAUCAAUAUUUUUUUCUCUUAACUAUUUGUCUGAGCUCACUUUCCCUCAGCAGAGAGAUUUAUCCCAGUCAUAGGAGCUGUUGAACACAGAAGCAGAGAGCUUGCUGACCAUUAGUAGUCUCUAACUAUACUUACUUAUUUAUUUUGCUCUCUAAAGCACUGAAAUUAGGAUGAUCAUCAUGAUGUUUAAAAUACAAUUUCAUGACCUUCUAUUUAUCCAAAGGGGUCUGGUGAGGCCACCAUAAGAGGGGGAUAGCUUUCGGUUUAAGUCUGAUUUCUUAGCCUAUACUGUCUGGGGCAGAGGUCUUCAAACUUGGCAGCUUUAAGACUUGUGGACUUCAACUCCCAGAAUUCUCCAGCCAGCUAUGCUACUGUUGGCUGGGGAAUUCUGGGAGUUGAAGUUCACAAGUUUUAAAGUUGCCAAGUUUGGGGACCCCUGGUCUGAGGUGAAGGGAGAUGACACAUCUGAGUAGACUGGGAAGCUUGCAAAGUGAGGUAGGUAAGCCUAGGUGGCAAGAGCUUCUGAAAUGGUUGCAAUGGAAGCAAUUGACCCUGCAGUAUGUGAUUCUUGAAAAUAAGCCUUAUUAUAUAUAACCUUUGCCAAUAUCUGUUAAAAUGUGUACCAGAUACUCUAAGAGAAACAGCAAAUAAUAAGAACCUUAAAAGUGAUUUAUUUUAGAGAGAAACAGAAGGAAAAAUCCUUGGCUCAAGUCAGUGACACCAAAAUCUCUUACGUUGCUUGACUUUUAUAGGAGAGUCAGACAGGUGUUUACAUUUCCCCACUGAAAUCAUUGGGAAAACACAAGUAUAUGGUAUUCUGUAUUUUGUGGGAAAGCAGUCCAGGGGGGUUGCUUAUACGCUUUUGUCUGCCUUAUGUAAUAUUUAUUUAUAUAGUUCUUAUAUUACCUUGAAUAUAGGUACACACAUGUAAUAAAUAUAUAUAUGCAGUAUAUAUAUUAUAUAUGUUUGUACCUCCUCCUUUUGUUAAUUACUUUUCAUGCACAAACAGAUGUGCUCUAUGUACUUAUGAUGUACAGAGAGUUCAUUACAAGGCCAUUAGCAUGUUUUAGAACACAUUAUUAAAGAUUAUCAUUCACGGAGCAACUUUGCUUGACCUGAAUUUUAAGCUUGCCAAGAAAAAUAUCUGGGUGAUCUUGCUGAAAGCUUUGCUGUAUUUAAAAUAUUACAUCCGUGGCCAUCGCAUUUCUCUAAUCCACUAGUUUAGUAUUUGUAAAAAGAAAAGAGAGAGAGGAAAAAGAGGAAGGAUACAAAACUAGUCUAACAUACCUUAUUUCUUGAGUGGCCAUAGAAUCACUGUCGUCAUAGGAGAUCCCUACACCACUGAGGUCAAGGCUGCUGCAUCAUGCGGGUGUCAAAAUUAAACCAUGAGUGUGAGAUGACUGUCUUGAAUCCAUCUACACAUAUUGGAUGCCAGUCCUGACCUGAAGACAUCAAGGGAUGGCGCAUACAUUGUGACACUUUCCUGUUGUAACUCUAACAAUGGUGCAAUUUUCUGAAGAUAUAUACUGGAUUUUUUGGAGUAUAAGAUGCUCCGGACUAUAAGACGCACCUACCUUUUUUGGUGAGGAAAACAAGAAAAAGAAAUCUGCCUCUGUCUCCCAGCAAUUUUGCCUCGCUGCAGCAAACAGUAAAUAGACUGCUUUACUUUCAUUUUCGUUUUCAGCAUAGCUUGAUUAGCACACACACACAAAAAAAUCUGCUCCCAGCAAUUUACCUCCUUGCAGCAAGCAGCAGAGGCCCGCGCAGCAAUAGACAUGGCAAUCUCUGCAGCCUGAAACAGCUGAGAGUUGGGAGGCUGAUCCAAGGGACAAUCAACUUGUGCUAAUUAGGCUGUGCUGAAGCUGAAAUGGUCUGUUUCUUGCUGCUUGCUGCAAGGAGGUAAAUUGCUGGGAGGCAGAGGCCAAAGGGUGGGGGCCAGUGGGUGGGCGGGGCUACAUUCAGUGUAUAAGAUGCACCCAAAUUUUCACCCCCUUUUAGGGGAAAAAAGGUGCAUCUUAUAUGAAAAAUACGGGUACUUAUUUUUAUUAAAGAAACAAUUAGAAAGUCAAUCUGCCCACUCCAGUAAUCCUGCUGGCUCAUCAGCCAUACCUCCUAUGAGAUAUGCAGUUUCUGGCUAUGGAAAAGUUGCCGGGCCCUAGUUUAAAAGGUGCAUUUCCUUUAAAGGCUGCAAGAAAAAUGGCAGAUCACUCUCAGGCAUUAAGUCCAGAGGUUUAUUUUGUCAAGUCACCACCAUCUACAAAUAAACAUCCUAUAAACUGGCAUAAACUGCACUGAGAUUGCUUUUGAUUCAUUAAAAAUAAACUUGUAAAUGUGCGUACCCCAAGUGAAACCCCUUUAAACAUCAGAAGGCUUAUUUCUGAGUAAACACAUUUAACCAGCUAAACCAGAAGCCUGCAAUGAUAAUCUAUUGGCAAACCAUGUUACAAAUGCUCCUGUGAAUUGCUUUCAGAAUUGACAUAGCUAAUAAAAUUUGCGAAAUAAAUAAAUAUUCACAUUCA